GAAACCAACCAAGGCAAUUAAAACGAAUUAAGAGGUAAGUGCCAAUUCCUAAAUUGUCAAGGCAAAGCAACCUAUAACCUCUAGCCCAACAAAAACAAAAAUCAAACAAGCAAAGAAAGGAAUUUACUACAUUACACAUAUACAUUCAUAGAGAUUCUAUAUAUACUCUUGCAUAUCUUUCUAUCUUCUCCCUUCUCUCUUCUCUCUUCCCCCUUCUCUCUCAGUUAGGAAUAUAUCAAGUUCUCUCUCUCUCUCUCUCUCUCUCUCUCUCUCUCUCUCUUCAUGGCAACGUUUUUUGGAAGAAUCGCCUUCUUACAUGCCCUUCUUGUAUUUUCUUUCUCUUUAUCAGGUUAUGGUUUUCUACGAGGAGUUGAAUCCCUUGGCAUCAACUAUGGUCAAGUUGGCAACAAUUUACCACCGCCAGAGAGAGUUCUUGAGCUUUUACAAUCCUUUAAGCUCACAAAAGCAAGAAUUUACGACACCAAUCCCCAAAUUUUAACCGCAUUCUCCAAUUCUGGUAUUGAACUUAUCGUAACGGUUGAGAAUCAAAUUUUAGGUGAGCUAAGGGAUCCACAACAAGCUCUUCAAUGGGUAAGUACCCGAAUAAAGCCAUAUUUUCCGGCCACCAGGAUCACCGGAAUUGCGGUGGGCAACGAGGUCUUCACUGGCGGUGACAUGACAAUAAUGGCUAACCUUUUGCCAGCUAUGGUCAGCAUUCAUGGCGCCUUGGUUCGACUAGGACUUGAUCCAUAUAUUCAAGUCUCUACCCCGAGUUCCCUAGCUGUGCUCUCGGAGUCAUAUCCACCUUCGGCGGGUUGUUUCACGAGCGAGCUAGCCGGAAUUAUGCCACAAUAUUUGCAGUUCUUGGCAAAUACAAAAGCACCUUUUUGGAUCAAUGCAUACCCAUAUUUUGCUUACAAUGAUGACCCAAAUGGGAUAUCUUUAAACUAUGCCCUACUUAACCCUAACUCAGGAAUGAUUGACCCUUACACCAAACUACACUAUGACAACAUGCUAUAUGCUCAAGUUGAUGCAGUUAUAUUUGCUGCUGCUAGAAUGGGUUUUGGAGGGUUAGAAGUUAGGGUGUCGGAGACCGGGUGGCCGUCAAAAGGUGACACAAAUGAAGUCGGUGCAACCAUAGAGAAUGCGGCGAUAUAUAACCGGAAUUUGUUGAGAAGGCAAUUGGCAAAGGAAGGAACACCUUUGAGGCCUAACAAUAGACUAGAGGUUUAUUUGUUUGCUUUGUUCAAUGAGGACUUGAAGCCUGGACCGACUUCAGAGAGGAACUAUGGUCUGUUUCAACCUGAUGAAACCAUGGUCUACAAUGUAGGACUUUCAGCUUUGUCGAGCACUUCAUCGACCUCUUCAUCGACCUCUUCAGCGACUUCUUCAGCUACCAUUUCUCUAACCUCCUCAGCCACCCAGGUAGCAAAGAUUGGAUAUCGAAGCUUGGUGUAUUGGAUGUUUGUGUAUUUGGUGGCAUUCCAAGUACUUAUAAGAAGACCAUUUUAAGCAAAUGGGGUUUAUGUAACAGUAAGCAUAUGAACACAUAAAUUUUUUUGGAAAGUGUUCGGAACCCUGUGCUACUUCCAUUGCAUUCAUUUUAAAUGGAUCCAUAUUCCAUUAAGAUGAAUAAUGAAACGGUACCACAUUCUGAAUUUUUUUUUU